CCAGGUGAUAGCACCAAGGCCACAAAAGCAGGUAACAAGUCGAAGGAGAAUGCUGAGGCAUUGGAGGCUGCCGAAAAGACAAAAGAGAAGGAGGAAAAGGAAAGGGCUUUAGCACUCGAGUUAAAGAAGGCAAGUGUGCCAGGACCCGCACCCACAACGCCACCUGCAAAGAGGCUUCGCAUGAAAUCUCCCACUGAAAGCACUGCCAGUGGCUCUUCCAGUAUCCAUACUGAUGCCACCUCCACUCGCUACCAGUCCACCAAGGAUAUGGCCGAGGCCCACUUCGCGAAGUUGAGGCUUGGCUUGAGUGCAGCAGUGAAAGAGGCUGAGGAAAAUGCCCACUUGGACUGUGCUGGCAUGAGCAUGGAAGGUUUGCUUGAAGAACUACACAUGAGCGAUGGUGGUGAUUCGAAUGAUGACUCGGUUUUUGAGGGUACUGAAGAUGAGGCGGCCUCUGAUCCAAGCUCCAGUGAAGAUGAUGGAGAAGAAGAAGGCAGAAAGGCUGAGGAGAAGAGCAAAGAAAAUGAAGACCAGAAAGCCAAAGAUGAAGCCAAAGAUGAAGCCUUGCAGAUCGCAAUUGCCAACACCACCAGAAACAGCAACUUGUACGAACGUCAAGGGACCAAUAAACGCGAGUGGGACCGCUUCGACCGACAGACGAAGGGAGGCCAAUUCCCGACAGGACUUCAACCUCUUCUUCGUAAAAAGAAGACGGACUUGUUUGGGCUAUGGUUGGAUUUCGGUGAGGAUUGGGAUCGGGUCCAAUGUGAAGUAGAAAGGAGAGCUGAGAGCACAAACUUGGCUAGGUCCGAGUGGGUUGCCGUACAGGCCAAAACACUCAAAGCGGGGAUGGAGCAGUCAAAGUUUGAUGAACUUAUCAAGAAGCGAAUCGAUGCAGGUCUCUACUACCAGGAUUUGGACUUCCCGUCUGAUCCCAUGGACUGGGGUUCCCAAAUGUUUAUUUUCAAUGGUUUUGAGAACUGGAUCUACAUGCCCAAAGGUCGUCUCUUGAGGCAGGAUGAGUUGGUAUCCGAGAGUGUGUCAACAAAGGCUACAAAGAAACUUGAUCAGGGGCUGUUCAAUGCCCUGACAGCUGAAGAGGGAGGCAUCCUCCCGGCUGGUGCCUUGCCUGCGGUGAAGGCUGCAUCAGAGGCUGGCCAGCGUGCAGUCUUGAGUGCCUUGGAUGAUGAUGGAAAGCAGGUGAUGAAACCCAAGCGGCAGCAAAAGGCCAAGCCAGGUGAAGCUGAAAAGAUUUCACCGAAGACUGUCCUAGAGCAUGCCAAAGAGCUUCUACAACCAGUCCUGGACGAGGCUACCAAGGCCCGUCAAAAGAACAUCCAGCUCAGGGGGAUGCAAUUCGCGGAUGAGUUGGCUCACCAGUUACUCAAACAUGGGAAUGGGAUGGAAACUCUUUACACCGAGCUAAAGAACAACGUGGAGAUGAAUUCGCCUGAUGAGUCAAAGAUCAAAUGCACCCUUGGGAAGAUCGAAACCAUGCAGAACUGGUACAAGAAAGCAGAGGUAGAACGAGACGAGGAUCCUCAGAUCGUGGAUGCAUCUGUGCUGCUACCUCAUGAGGUAUUUGGUGCUUUGCAUAGCAUGGGGGAACACAAGGUCCGACAAGGAGUCAACAAGACCCUAGCGGAUGUGGUGGCAUGGAGUCUAAGCUGGGCUUCGCGAGGCAUCUACCCCAGCCGUGGUUUUUAUGGCGAAAGGUUUGACAGCAACAUGUACAGGUCUAGCUUGUCUGGAAAACAGAUUGCAGGUGGCUACAAGUUGGUGUACAUGACUUUCAAGGCCGACUUGAAAGCCCGGAUGCAAUGCCAUAGGCAUCAGUCGCCAUGGUGUGCAGUGCCGGGUUUUCAGUUUGAAACCAUGUCCUUUGACAUGAUGCAUUUGGUUUACUUGGGCAUAGCCAAAAACCACAUCCCAUCUUGCCUCAAAAUCUUGAAGCUUUACGGGUACCACUAUGAAGGAGGGGAGUCUGAUGAAAAGUUCCUCAAGCGAGUUAGCAUGGAAAUGAAACAAGACUGCAAGGACAACCUUGUCCUCCAGCUGCUGAACCUCUGCUGCCACUCCUUGGCCAAAGCGCAGGCUUUGAUGGAUGAUGCUGGUUUAAUCUUGAACCCAGACGAAGCCAGUGAAAUUUCACGGAUGCUGCACCAACACCUUCGGUCAACUGAAUUCUUGGCGUCGUGGUGUUGGAGUAAUUCAGUUAUGGCCUUCAAAAUGAGGCCAAAGCACCACUACCUGUGGCAUGUUGCCAUGGAUGUGUUGACUACAAGGGUGAACCCACGAAUUCACCACGUAUGGUCAGAUGAAAAGUUUUUAGGUUCCAUAAAAAAAAACAGCGUGCCGUUGCCACGGCAGUACGGUCCAAAAAAGGACUAUAGAGCGGUACCUAGUUGCCCUCUCAGGCUACAUGGCCAAAAUGGUUUAAUGGCGUCAGUACUCCAGAAAGAAAGUUUAACAAGACUUCAAUCCAUACGCAUUUGGGUAAACACCAUUCAAAAAAUAACCACCAAAAAAAUCUCAGUAUUUGUGAUGUUUACUAUAUAG